AUGGAGAUUCCAGAAGUCAACCGUGGCCCCUUGGACAUAUCGGAAGGUAAUCUUCAGGAUAAAUAUUUUGAAGAAGAAGAAGAAGAAAACCCCUUUCAUAAUGCUAGAUAUCCAGAAAAUCUGGAUCACGGUGAAUUGGAAGAGAGUGAUGGUUAUCACAACACUCAUCAAGAAGUGAGUCAUUUGUUUGCCAUCAAAGAUCUUGGCUCUUUGCGUUAUUUCCUUAGAGUGGAGGUGAAGCCUUUUUCUAGUGGUAUUUUCUUUUCUCAAACAAAGUAUACUAAAGACCUUCAUCGAGCAAGGAUGAUUGAAAGUUCUCCUCUCAACACUCCCAUGGUCAUCAAGGAAAAAGCAACAACCUCGGACCAUGAUCCAGUUGAUGUUACAAGCUAUCAAAGCAUUGUUGGCGCGUUACAAUACCUCACAUUUACUCAGCCGGCCGAUAUUAUCCAUGCAGUCAAUAGAGUUUGUCAAAAUUUCAACAGUCCUACAUUGGUGCACUUAAAGGCAGUUAAACAAAUUUUGAGAUAUUUCAAAGGUACUCAACAUUAUGGGGUUAGUUACUUAGCCAAAAGUCCAAUUUCUUUUUAUGGUUUUUGUGAUGCAGGCUGGGCAGGAUGUCCAACCACUAGGAGAAGCACUACCGAAUUUUGUACUUUCCUUGGAGCAAAUUGUAUUUCAUGGUGUUCUAAGAAACAACCUACAGUUGCUCGUUCAAGUUCUGAGGCGGAAUAUCAGUCUAUGGCUUCUACAACAGCCGAGAUAACUUGGUUGACAUUUUUGCUUCAAGACAUUGGCAUUUCAUUGUUUAAACCUCCACAAUUGUUUUGUGAUAAUGUUAGUGGUCUUCAUAUGUCUGUUAAUCCUAUGUUUCAUGCUCGGUCUAAACACAUUAAGUGUGAUUAUCAUUUUGUUAGUGAGAAGGUGGCCAUGGGAAAUCUCAUUACUCGGUACAUUUCAUCCGCCUCACAGCCAGCUAACAUUUUCACAAAACCACUGCCGAAUGACUCGUUUUCUUAG